AUGGCGGGAAGUUCAGUGACAGUAUGCUCAGACAGGCUGUUUAAAGUUUUAGUCAUUGGAGAUUUAGGUGUUGGGAAAAGCAGCAUUAUCUUGCGUUAUGUUAACAAACGCUUUGAUGAAAGAUACAAAGCAUCUAUUGGAGUUGACUUUGCUCUAAAAACUGUUGAAUGGGACGCCAGGACAGUGGUUAGACUGCAGCUUUGGGAUAUUGCAGGCCAAGAGAGGUUUAAGAAGAUGUCCAGAGUGUACUACAAAGGGGCGAUGGGAGCAAUAGUGGUCUUUGACCUUACAAACAGCCUCACCUUGGGGGCUGCGUCAGAGUGGAAGCAGGAUCUGGACAGCAAAGUCUGUCUUGACAGUGGAGGUCCAAUCCCUGCUGUCCUGCUGGCCAACAAAUGUGACAUGACAAACAGGGACGCAGACUUGUCCUCUCUGGACAAUUUCUGUGAAGAAAACAGCUUUGUGGGCUGGUUUGAGACUUCUGCAAAGGACAAUAUAAAUAUUGAUGAGGCAGGUGCCUUCCUUGUCAGACAAAUGAUGCUGUGCGACACCGAGCUGUCCAAUGAAGAGCACCGCUGGGACAGGAUCAAAGUGAGCCAGGCUCCCGGGGAGAGCCAGAGCCAGUCAUUGUGCUGCUGGAGACCAAGGCUUUGA